ACUCAGCGCCGUAUCCCCGCCGAAUAUGCAAUUUUUUCGCUUUGCUCUCCUCUUUCUCUACUUGGUUGAUAGUUGUAAGUCGAAUGAAAUCAAAUUAUUUUGGGAUUACAUUAUCAUUGGAGCAGGACCUGCUGGCUUACAAAUGGGCUAUCUAUUGGAAAAGAAUAGUAGGGAUUACGUAAUUUUUGAGAGAAAUUUAGAAGCUGGAAGUUUUUUUCGUACGUUCCCUCGACAUGAUCGACUAAUUUCGAUCAAUAAAAAAUAUACUGGAAGGACAAACAAAGAAUUUAAUUUAAGACAUGAUUGGAAUUCAUUACUGUCCGACGAUUUUCUGCCUUUUUAUCAAUUUUCAAAUGAUUUUUUCCCAUAUAAGGAUCAAAUGAGAAGUUAUCUAAACGAAUUCUCGAAAAACUAUAAACUAAAUAUCCUCUUUGGUAAAGAAGUGAGUAAUAUUAGUAAGAUACAGGACCACUUUCAUCUUAGUAUUAACGAUCAAGUAUACAAAUGUAACCAGCUCAUUAUAGCAACAGGAAUGAAUAAACCUAUAUUACCUGAUUUUAAAGUAUCCUCGAAAUAAAUUGUCAUUUGUUUCGUUAAAAACUAAAAUUUCUAAGAAAGAAAGAUAGGGCUAGAGAGAAACGAGGGAAAGGGAGAACAUUCUGAAGUUGUAAAUAAAAAUACAAAAAAGAUAGGAAAGAAAAAAGAAAGGGAAAAGUAAUUAUUUACCAAAAAUAGACGGCUUAGUAGGAGGGACCGGAAGUUCCUCUUCACACUCAGUUUAUUAUUCGUGGAUACUUUAAGGGUUCUCAACACAUGUUGGGAUACGAAGAAAUACCACUGGGAGAGGAUUUUUAUAAAGGAAAGGACGUCUUAAUCUUAGGUCACGGAAACUCCGCCUUUGAAACAGCGAACGCAAUAUACAGAAACACAAAUAAAGUUCAUAUACUUGGUAGAAGCAGAGUUAGAUUAGCAUGGGAAACCCAUUACGUAGGAGAUUUGAGAAGCGUCUAUAGUGAACUAAUUGAUACGUAUCAAUUAAAAUCUCUCGACGGAAUACUAGAAGGUCGAAUUAACGAAUUCAAUCUAGAAAAAUAUAACAACAAGUUAUAUUUCGACGCUGGAAAUUUGCCUGACAGUAUGGACAAUUUUGCCUUAAGGGAGGGUUAUGACAUUGUGAUAAGAUGUUUGGGUUUUGAAUUUAAUGACAGCAUUUUCGCAUCCGAUACAAAACCCAAACGUCAUCAACAAAAAAAAUAUCCAGAAAUAGAUUAUAAUUUUCAAUCAACUAACAUUGAAGAUUUAUAUUUUAUUGGUACUUCGGCUCACUCACUCGACUACAGAAAGUCCUCUGGUGGCUUUAUCCACGGCUUUAGAUAUAUGAUACAAACGUUCUAUCAAACCUUAGAAUGGACUAAGCAUCGAAUUCCAUGGCCGUCUACAAUUCAUAAGCUUACUGAAUUAGUUAAUGUAAUUCUGAAGAGGAUUAAUGAAGUUAGUUCACUGUAUCAAAUGCACGGUGUUCUUGGUGAUGUCAUAGCUUUUAGAAGGGAGAAAGAAUCUUUCGAAUAUUAUAAAGAUUUUCAAUUGGCUAAUUUACAUAAUUUCGAGAGUCUUACCGGUCACAAAGUCAAAGAUGUACUUGUUCUUAUGCUGAACUAUGGAAAGACUUUCUCGAAACCGGGAAAUGACGUUCUCAGGAUAGAUAGAGCAACUGGUGUCUUGGAAGAAGCUCAUCAUAGCAACUUUCUCCAUCCUCAAUUCUAUUAUUAUAAAAAAUUGCCGACAAAAGGACGGAUGUUUAACAAAAAGAAGGAGGAAAUUCUGCCAAAUCCUGACAGGGCACAUUACAUUCUGGAAGAUUUCCAUACAACGUGGACUUCUCCCACCACUCACGUUCUUCCCUUAAGACGAUUCUUAGAAAACUGUACAAAAAGCAAGGAAAGACAAGAAAGUGAUGCUAAAGUAGAAGAUAAAAUAGAACGAAAAGAAAUAGUGUUUAGUGUAAACGAAACUUGUUUGGAGAAGCUUAAUGUGAAAUCGGAAAUGACCAAUCAUUCAGACUUUACAAAUGAAGUCAUUAAGCGUUGUGGCUAUUACAAUAGUUAUCAUUCAUGCGGGGGAAGCCUUAUUAGUGAUAGGUGGGUUUUGACAGCAGCUCAUUGUUUUAAAAAUGCUGAAUUACCGAAAUAUUGGAAAGUUAUAAUUGGCGAGCAUAGCUUCUCUUCGAGUAAGGAGAAGGUUAUUUAUAUGAAUCCUUUAAAGAUUAUUAUGCAUCCCACACGAGAUCUAGCGCUUAUUAAGUUGGAAAAGUCUGUUGAAAUUGGCCCAACCAUUAAUUAUAUCUGUUUGCCAAUAUCAGGACAAGAAGUGCCUAUUGGUACAUCAUGUCAGGCAGCCGGCUGGGGAAUUCAUAAUUUAGGAGAGGAAGAAACUUCUGAUAUAGUUCGUCACGUCCAUUUAAUAGUCGAACCAACCAGAAAAUGCGUAGUGGGAAGUUCUCGACGAUUUCGAUUGAACAGUAUCUAUUACAAUAUGGAACAUUCGAUUUGUGUUGGGGGAGGGAUAGGAAAAUCGAUUUGUAGUGGGGAUUCAGGAGGACCGCUUGUUUCAUUCGACCGUAAGAGCGAUAGUUAUGUACUUUUGGGAGUUGUUUCUGGUACACUUAAUGAUUGCGGCUAUCGAGCUUACUAUGGUUCAUGGAUGACUAGCGUCCCGCUAUUCGUCGAUUGGAUUCAUUUAAAAAUUGAAAAUUCAUAA